GGCUGCUGCGCGGGGCUUUGUGGUAGGCUUGGAUUCUCCAGAGAAGACCAUCCAGCUCAGUGUUUUUGCUUCCCAACUGCUUGUUGCACACACAAACUACGACAGAUAGAUACCUUCUGUGUGCGAGGAUCCCCCCUCCACCUACUCGACUCGUCUUUUUGUUUCUCUCCCUCCCCUCUACGGUGACCUGACGGAGCCGCGGCGCCGUCGGUAUCCAGAUCAUGUCUGCUCGACCUUCAGAGGCCAAAUCCCUGCAACACCCAGACACCAGAGCCGCAGGUUCUAUGCAGAGUCGCAUUCAUGCCGGCAGAACUUCCGAGUCCCUGAGCGCGGGUCCUGCGACAGACGCCCUACACGAUUUCAACCUUCGAAACAGCCGCACCGUCGCCAUGAACGCCACCCUCGAACCUCCACGAUCCCCCUCGGGCCCCGAUGCGCUGCCCUCGUCCCUGACGGCAGCUUUUCUUUCUUACUCUCCUCAGCGUUAUGACAGCAGCCACGACCAAUCCAUGAGCGUCUCCCCCCCAACACCCAUCGUGAACCUGCCGCCGGGAGACUCGACCCCACAGCGCGUCGACUCGGGCUACGAAGAACACCACGACCACUACAAGUCGCCUUCUUUCCGCCCCAGCAACCCUCUUCAAAUUCCUACCGACUCUUUAUAUAUCCAGCACUCGGCCCUGUCGCCUAUCGCAGACGGAUCCCACACCACCUUGAACGCAGACGGUCUCCAAGACUCGCAUAGGUCCUCCAACCUACCCCUGUCUCGCAAGUCCUCUGCUCCCAGCCUGAAGCCCCUCUCUCGGACGCCCAGCAUCAAGUCCGCCGCAUUUGGCCUCGGCUUUGGCUCUGCGGCCAGCUCACGAGUCCCGAGCCCCAUCAUCACCGCCAUGGGGGAUGUGACCCCUCUGCCGUCACCACUGCUCUCCGGCGACUCCCCAGGUCCAUGGAAGCGGCUCCACGGUCGCCCACCCUCGAGGGAUGCAUCAUCCCAGCAGCUGCCUACCAUUAUGUCGGAAUCGGUUCUGGUUACGAGCAAUGGCGAGUCAAUUGCCUCGGCUGUGGCAAACCAGUCAAAAAGAAAGAGCUUAGCAAAGCCAAGCGAUGCACCUGGAGAGGACAGCG